AUGGCGAUCCACGAUCUCGCUACAAAUUUUAUCAUUGCCAGUUUAUCUUUUCUUUCUUUCUUUCUUUAUUACUUUCUUUCUUUCUUUCUUUUCCUGUCUCGUUUUUCUUUCCAUCUUUCUUUCAUUAAUUCUUUCUUAUCAUGUCUCGUUUCUCUUUCUUUCUUACUUUUUUCUUUCUUUCUUGCCAUGUGUCAGUUGUCAUUCUUUUUUUCUUUCUUUACUUUCUUUCUUUCCUCUCAUAUUUUCUUUAAUUUCUUUCUUUCUUUUUUUUUCUUUCUUUCUUUCUUUCAUUUUUCCUUUUUUCUUUCUCCCCAUGUCUUCAUUCUACUUAUUAAUCAAUUUUUCCCAAUUUCUUUCUUUCUUUCUUUCUUUCUUUCUUUUUUUUCUUUCUUUUUUUUCUUUCUUUCUUUUCUUUCUUUCUUAAAUAUCAAUUUUUUCUUUCUUUUAUUUUUCCUUUUUUUUUUUAAUCAUUAUCUCCCCCAAUUUCUUUUUUUUUUUUUCUUUCUUUCUUUUUUUUUUCUUUUCUUUCUAAAUAUUUUCUUUCUUUCUCAACAUGCCUCCUUUUUUUAUUUUAAUCAAUAUCUCCCCAAUUUCUUUCUUUCUUUCUUUCUUUCUUUCUUUCUUUCUUUCUUUCUUUCUUGUCAUGUAUCAAUUGCCUUUCUUUCUUGGCUUAUUUUCUUUCUUUCUUUCUUUCUUUCUUUCUUUCUUUCUUUCUUUCUUAUCAUGUCUCAGUUUUCAUUCAUUCCUCUCAUGUCUCAUUUAUCUCGUUUUCUUUCUUGUCAUGUAUUUUCUUUUCUUUCUUUCUUUCUUUCUUUCUUUCUUUUAUUCUUUUUUUCUUUCUUUACAUGUCUCAGUUUUCGGUCUGUCUUUCUUGUCUUAUUUUCUUUCUUUCCUCUCAUGUCUCGUUUUUGUCGCUUUCUUUCUUGUCAUAUCUUAUUUUUCUUUCUUUCUUUCAUUUAUUCUUUCUUUCUUUUCUUGUCUCACUUCUCUUUCUCUCUAUCUUCCUUUUUUGCAAUAUCUUAUUUCUCUUUCUUUCUUUCUUUCUUUCUUUCAUUCUUUCUUUCUUUUUUCUUUCUUUCAUUCUUUCUUUCUUUUUUUAGUUUUGGUUUUUUUUUCUUUCUUUCUUUUUUUUUUCUUUCUUUCUUUCUUUCUUUUUUCAUCUUUCAUUUCUUUUCUUUCUUUUUUAUUUUUUAA